UUCGUAUAAACAAAGUCUUCGUUUGUUUUUUGUUUCUUAUAGAAAAUUUAUGCAUACGCAAAGAUAAAGAAAUUUAAUAAAAAAUAUAUUAUAAAAUAGUUAAGUGCGUCUGGCGAUACUUUAACUAUAUGUUUGUUACAAGCACCUAACACCUAUCAUGAGCAUUAACUGGAUAAAGAUAACUGAAAGAGCCCGCGAGGGAAUCAAAAUCAUCAAUGCCCUGCCCUACGAAACCUUCAACACUGUUCUGUGGUACACCCACCGGCAGAUGAGUCCCAGUGGAGCUUCCGGAGCGGCGACGAAUGUUACUAGUACAGUGGGCACCAGUGUUAUGACCACUGGUCAAGCGGACAGCAGUAGCGAAGAGAAUCCCACGAGUAGCUCGGAACCGGAGUACACACUCGAGGAACUGGAGCGACUGGUGGGCGUUCCGCGUCAAGACUUCCUACUGCUGAUCAAGACCUUCUCGUACAUCCUGCGACGCAUCUCCACAUUCAUUAUUAAGCCAAGUUUACUGCAACGUGAGCUGCGCGAGAAACUCCAGCUGGAAGAUGAGGCAAAGAUCGAUGCCAUAUUGCGAUUGUGGGUGCGCGAGACGACGCCCAUUAUGAAUAAUUUGGCUAGCAAGCGGUAUGAAUCGAAUGUCAUCGAAGAUGUGGCCUGGAAGCUCAACGUGGAGAUCUCCUCACAUUGUCAGCAGCGGGAGAAGACGCCACUGGCCGUGCUUCAAAUGAAAACGGCUGUCGGCGAGGAUAUUAACAUUGAAAUGACGCAUCCGGAACUCUUGGAGCUGUACAACCAGUUCGAAAACAUUCAGGGUGAACUGGAUGCCAUGCUGGCCAUGAAGGCUGCAGAUGUACCAGCUCCUGGCAACCAAUAGUGGGACACGUUAGACCGUUCUCAGUGCCAAUUAAAUUGUUAAUCAACAUACGCAAUCCAUGUGCAAAGUGGUGGACCUAAAAGUAUCCAAUACUAACACAAUCGUAGCCAAAUGUUAAUGUUCUUUUUUUUUUUAAUUGAAAUUUAGAAAGAUUUUCCGAAGUUAUAGUAAAUUUCCGAACGUAGCCAAAUGUUUAAAAGAUGUAGUUCUGCUUCGAUCUGUAAAUUAUUUUUGUGUAUGUAUUUUGUCAAUGCUUUUAUGGAGUUCUUCAAGAUCUCCCCAGAAAAGACUAGCAAAAAAAGAUGUAUGUAGUACCAAUGGACACUAAAAUAGAAUAAUAAAAGAAAUAUAAUUAAACAUAAAA